UAAGGAGGGGUGUAUUGGUCUUUCUCUGCAAAUAUGUUGCAGUCAGAGAGAAAAAGAGAGAUCGAAAACGCCCAAGUGCGGAGGAGAUCUCCAUUCCGCAAUCCGUAACACCGGUCACCCUCGAUCCAACCGUUGAAAACCUACAAAUCUCCCGAUCCGACGGAAAAAAAACCCGUUUCUCUGUUUCUCCAGUCGUCCUUCCACGGCUUAGAUCUUUUUAACCCUCAUCCCAAUCCGUCACAGCUGUCGAUCGGUUUUGAGCUCCACUCCAUUUUUGAACACUCUGGAUCACCUGGGUAUUCUCCAUAUUCCACCAUCGGUCGUUUUGAAGCUUUGUUUGGAUUGAUCUCAUGCCCUGAUCUGCGAAUUCCAGCGAAUUUGAUCGGUUUCUAUCCGUGACUGGCGCGGCGGGACCAGGCGCCGAACAUGGAGGUCUUUGAAGCGUAUUUCCAGAGAGCCGAUUUGGAUCGGGAUGGGAGGAUCAGCGGGGUGGAGGCAGUCUCAUUCUUGCAAGGAUCAAAUUUGCCGAGGCACGUCCUCGCACAGGUGUGGAUGCAUGCUGAUCAGAACCGGACUGGUUUUCUUGGUCGGGCUGAGUUCUAUAAUGCACUAAGACUUGUCACUGUGGCACAAACUGGGCGAGAACUAACACAAGAUAUUGUGAAGGCUGCCUUAGGUCCUGCUGCAGCUAAAAUCCCAGCACCUCAAAUAAACACCGCCUCAACACCUGCACCUCAGUUGAAUUCUGUAGCACCUCCUGCCCCUCAACUGAAUUCAAUGGCUCAACCUGCCUCUCAAAUGACCAGUGCAGUCACGCCAACCUCAACCCAAAACCUUGGCUUCAGAGCACCACAAGUAGUUCCAAGUGCUGGUAUGAACCAACAGUUUUUUCCCUCUCCAGACAAUCAGUUCACGAGGCCGCCUCAAGCCAUGCCUGCUGCUGCUUCACUUCCAAUGCAGGGGACAAGCCAAGGGCUCCCUGGGGUAGGCAAUAUAGCAGGCGCACAUCCUCCAAACCCAAAUAUGUCCACUGUAUCAGUUGAUUCGCUUGGUGCGAGGCCAUUUGGAGCUUCUAUGGGAGUAACUUCCCAAGUCCCUAACAGAGGGAUUCCACCUCCUAUGACCCGUGAUGCAUUUGGAUUAGUACCUGGGCCAACUCCUUCAUUACCCCCUAGACCACAAAGCUCAUCCAUGCAGACAUCCGCUCUUCCACCUAGGCCCCAAACCCCAGUUUUACCAUCACCCCAACCUGCAGUUAAGGAACCAUUGGCUGUCUCUGGAAAUGGUUUUACUUCUGACCCAAUUUUCGGUGGGGACGUGUUUUCUGCUAUUCCGACUCAGCCAAAGCAGGAUGCUUCUGCACCUGCCGUUGCUGCAAGCAGUAUACCAAACUCAUCUGCUAUUGCCCCAGUAGCUACUGGGUUCCAAUCAUCCGUUAAGCAGGGCCAACUAGAUCCUCUGAGCACAUUGGCGACGCCAACUAGUCGUAAUCAGCUUCCACAGGCCCCUCCAUCACAGGUUAAACAGAACCAACUUGGUACUUCAGCAUUAACUGCAGCAGGUGUUUCAGUUGGAGCUGUAGGGUCUGCUUCCAAUGAGUCCCAGCAUCCAUGGCCAAGGAUAACUCAAUCUGAUAUCCAGAAGUAUAAUAAGGUAUUUGUGGAGGUAGACAAAGACAGAGAUGGUAGAAUUACUGGUGAAGAAGCACGUAAUCUGUUCCUGAGCUGGAGACUGCCUAGAGAGGUCUUAAAGCAGGUGUGGGACUUAUCUGACCAGGAUAAUGAUAGCAUGCUUACUCUGAGAGAGUUCUGUACUGCGCUUUAUUUUUUGGAGCGGUACAGAGAAGGGCGUCCUCUUCCAGCAGUGCUUCCAAACAGUGUCAGGUUUGAUGAGACAUUACUGCGUGCCACAGGCCAACCAACAGCCACAUAUGGUGGAGCUUGGCGGCCCACUCCUGGCUUGCCACCACAAGGAAUACCUGUUGCUCGACCCGUAAUGCCUACAUCUGGAUUGAAGCCAUCUGCACGAGUUCCAGUUCCCCCUCAGACUGAUGAUGUGGUACAGCCCAUGCAGCCGAAGUCGAGGGUGCCGGUACUGGAGAAGCACCUUGUGAACCAACUUAGUAAGGAUGAGCAGAGUUCUCUGAAUGCAAAGUUCCAAGAAGCAACAGAGGCAGAUAAGAAGGUGGAAGAAUUGGAGAAAGAUAUUUUAGAUUCAAAAGAGAAGAUCGAAUUCUACCGUGUUAAGAUGCAAGAACUUGUUCUGUACAAGAGCAGGUGUGACAAUCGACUCAAUGAGAUUACUGAAAGGUCAUCUGCUGAUAAACGCGAGGUUGAGUCACUUGCUAAGAAAUAUGAAGAAAAAUACAAACAAGUUGGAGAUGUAGCUUCCAAAUUAACAAUUGAACAGGCUACAUUUCGUGAAAUUCAGGAGAGGAAAAUGGAACUGUAUAAUGCAAUUGUUAAGAUGGAACAAGGUGGAAGUGCUGAUGGUGUGCUUCAGGUUCGCGCUGAGCGGAUACAAUCAGAUCUUGAGGAGCUUGUGAAAACUUUAAAUGACCGCUGCAAGCAAUACGGAUUGCGUGCUAAGCCAACCACACUGGUUGAGCUUCCCUUUGGUUGGCAACCUGGAAUUCAAGACGGAGCAGCUGAUUGGGAUGAAGAUUGGGAUAAAUUUGAAGAUGAAGGAUUCGUGCCUGUCAAGGAGCUUACUGUUGAUGUGGAAAAUAUUGUGGCUCCUCCAAGAACCAAGCCUACAUGGAAGGAUAAAACUCCUGAUGAAAGCUUUGGGGUCACAUCAUCAUCAGAUGUUGAUGGUAAGAUGGAGAAGCCCACUAGUACAGGUGAGCAGGUUGCUGAGAGUGGUCAAGCAUAUGCCCAUAGUGAAGAUGGUUCAGCAAGAAGUCCGCCAGAGAGUCCAUCAGUGAAAAUUUCACACGAAAGUCCAUCUCAAGAAUUCCCAGCUGCACAAUUCGAAAAGAACAUUGGUACCGAUUCUUCACCAACUGGUAAAGAUAGUCACAGUGAUCAUGGUGGUGCUGAAUCCACUUUCUCUGGGGAUAAGUAUGCCGAUGAACCAUCUUGGGGUGCUAGGUUCGAUGCUAAUGAUGACACUGACUCAGUAUGGGGCUUUAACCCACUUAAGGACUCUGAUCAUGAGAGGAGCAGACAGAGCUCUUUCUUUGGAUCUGGCGAGUUAGGUUUAAAUCCAAUUAGAACAGAAUCCCCCACUGCCGAUAGCUUGUCUCAGAAGAAGAGCUCGUUUUUCGCAGAUUCUGUCCCCAGCACCCCACUGUUUAACACUAGCUUCUCGCCGAGGUUUGAAGGGUCGGACGAUCACUCCUUCAACAGUUUUGCGAGGUUUGAUUCCUUCAGCACACAUGACAGUGGGUUCUUUCCUCCACCUGAGACCCUUGCGAGGUUCGACUCCAUCCGUAGCACCAGGGACUCCGACCACAGUCGGGGUUUCCCGUCUUUUGACGACUCUGAUCCUUUUGGUUCAACCGGGCCGUUCAAGACUUCGGAGACGCCAAGGCGGGGUUCUGAUAGGUGGAGCGCUUUCUAGCAGGUACUUCAGCAUCAAAUUUCAUGUGGCUAUGGCUUUUGUGAGUUUGUGUGCGUGUGGGUUCGACCGCCAGUUUUUGUGUGCUAUUAUGUGCGAUGAUCAGUUAGUUGUAUGUUUGGGAUUUAAUUUUUCUUGUAUGUCUGCAUUUUAUUCUUCUGCUUGUCUAUUUUGCAUUAGGAUAAUAUAUAUAUAUUUUUUCACCUCUUGUUUUCCUAGUCUCAUUUGAUGGAUACAUAUUGAACAUUCUUUAUAUCAUAUUCCUUAUAUUUGUGAUUUGA